UGCAAAAUCGCUGAGUUGGUUUUAGUUGAAGUGUGGGAAGGAGGUUUUAACGCAGGUAGACAACAUCCUGUUGUUUGGGCGCUUCUGUCUGUUUUGCACAUCUGGCUGAACCGGGAGUCAGGUGGCUGGCUUGGGUCUGGCUGUGCCUUUUCAGAUCUCCUGCCUCUGCCUGCCCAAAAGUCCACCAGGCCAUGGACGCGGUGGCUGUGUAUCAUGGCAAAAUCAGCAGGGAGACCGGGGAGAAGCUUCUGCUCGCCACGGGGCUGGAUGGCAGCUAUUUGCUGAGAGACAGUGAGAGCGUCCCGGGAGUGUACUGCCUGUGUGUACUGUAUCAAGGUUACAUUUACACGUACCGCGUGUCGCAGACAGAAACAGGUUCUUGGAGUGCUGAGACAGCACCUGGGGUACAUAAAAGAUUUUUCCGGAAAAUAAAAAAUCUCAUUUCAGCAUUUCAGAAGCCAGAUCAAGGCAUUGUAAUACCUCUGCAGUAUCCAGUUGAGAAGACCUCAGCUAGAAGCCUACAAGGUACCACAGGGAGAAGAGAAAACCCUGAUGUCUGCCUGAAAGCACCAUGAACAAAAACGAAACACCUUGUACUUUAUUUCAAUAAUUUAAAUAUUUGCUAAGUCUUGUAUAGUGUAGAUAAUACAGUUCAGUGAGCUAUAAAUGCAUUUCAAAAACCAUCACAAUCCUGUAAUGGAAGCAUCUAGCAUGAUGUUAAAGCUGAAAUGGACUUUGUAGACAAUGAGGAGCUUUGAAAUGAGGAUUAUGAAAAAAAAAAUUCCCUAAGUUUUUUCUGUUAUUAUAUUUACAAAUGGGAAAUAAUUUAAAGCAUAAUAAGUACUUUAUAAAAGAUUAAUAUCAAUUCUUGCCAAAUAUAAAUAAAAAUAACCCUCAGUUUUUGUCAAAAGCAGUAAUUUUAGUGAGAUGUUAUUUGAUAGUUACUGAUUUUAAAAUGUAUUGAUUGUAUGGUUGGGAGUUAGUGUCCCUCACCUUUGUCAUAUGCAGUUUGAGAUUUAUGAAGCUGACACUAUGUGCUAAAACAAGCAGUAGAUAAAGAGCGAAGAAUUUCUGUUUAAUUCUGAAUUCAACCUUCUUUUCUGGUGUUUUGAUAUUAGUAAAUUCUACAAUCAAUCUGGAAUUUACAACCCCAUAAUUUAAAACAUGCUCUAAGGACACCCAGUGGUGUGGUGGUUAAAGCAGCUGGAUUCCACAUGGCCGACUGUGAGAUUCAAAAUUUGAACCUUGUAAAACAUGCCAGGUGUGUGUGCGUGCGUACUCAAAAUCCCGAGAGGAAAA